AUGGACGGUAUACAGAUGGAGCCCGUCGGCAAGUACAAGACCGAUCGCAACGGUUCUGCUAAAGCAGCGUGGCGGAACAUGGUGGACCAAGAUUUGGACGAUGUUGCCUUUUUGGCAGACUCUGACAAAGCCCGCGAGGCGCGAGAGCUCCGUGAGGCGCCAGUGGCGGUGUGCUCGCAGCGGAGAGCACUUUGUCUGGCCGCGCUGGUCUUCACUGCCAUGUUUUCUACAGCCCUGCUGGUAGUCUACGCUUCCCCACAACCAGAUUGUCCGUGUGCUGGUGAGAAUUCGCUGAUUCCAGGACGACCACCGACUGAUUCUGCUGACGCAGGCGCAGCUAACAAGGAGCGCAUAGCAACAAACGGGGCAAUAUUCCCUUGGCGCGGCGCUCGGCUACCGACUAUAAUCAUACCCAAACACUACAGUUUGUGGUUACAUCCUAAUUUGACAACUGGUGAUCUUAGAGGUGAAGUGUCAAUAGACUUCAAAGUAGACCGUGAAACUUCGUUCGUAGUACUCAACGUGAGGGAUCUGAACGUGACAGAGCGAGCCCUGUUCAAGAGCGGCGGUUCCUUGGGGCCGAAAGUCGCUAAGGUUUUAGACUACCCGCCGGCAGAUCAGACUUAUAUUGAGUUUAAGGAAAAACUACGUAGGAAAUACAACUACACUCUGAGUUUGAGAUUUAUCACAAAACUGGACCGAAGCGAUAAGCAACGUGGGUUCUUUCUUGCGGGAAGCCAUAGGAAUCGUUGUGCAGUAUCCCGCUUCUGGCUGACGCACGCUCGUUCCGCCUUUCCGUGUCUCGAUGAACCCAACUUCAGAGCCACCUUUCGGUUAACAAUCGUUCGUGAUAGAUUCCACGUUUCAUUGACAAAUAUGCCGAUUGUGGCUACAGAAGAAGCUGGAUUCUACUUAGGACAUCGACUGCUGCAAGACGAAUUCGCUCUCUCUCCACCAAUGGCACCGCACAUGAUGGCAGUAGCGGUCUGCCGUUUGCAACGCCGCGCCGCCCCUCAACUCCCUACCGAGCCCCCCACUGAAGUCCCUCCAAGCCCCUCUCCAGUCCCCACGCAAGCUCUCUCCACAUUGAGCGACGUAGAUGACGACGAUUACAAUCUGCCUCCGCCAGAAAUCAGUCUUUAUAGCGACCAACAAGUUAUUUUAGACGAAUCUGGCCCUCUGCUGGAAUGGGUUCAAAAAACAAUUCAGCUAUUCGCGUACGAACUCAAUACUUCCUACCCUCUUCCGAAGUUGGACCUCGUCGUUGUGGAAGGGGGAGCUCCCUACGCCGAGGGCUGGGGGCUAAUCUCUCUAGCCCCCUCUACGUUGACCGACACUAAAACGAUCGCACGGUUACUUGCACAACAGUGGUUCGGUGGCCUGGUCUCCCCACGUUGGUGGUCUGCGCAGUGGCUGAUGGAGGCCCUGACCUCAGUGCUGGGUGAAAAGGCCACUCCCCUUCGUGACGGUGGUGAACGACAACAGGACGCUUUGUUAUUGGAUCAUGUGCUACCGGCGCUUAGACUGGAUUCCAGUAACUCAGUUCGUGCUGUAGCCUCCCCAAGACUCGAGAGAGCUGAUAUAGAGGGCGCUGCUGAUGAGCUAUCGUUGCAUAAGGGAGCAGCAAUAGUGAGUAUGGCGAUUGAAGCAGCAGGGGAAGCGGCUGGACGGGCGGCGUUGGCAAGACUCUUGAAGGACCACCGAUCCGCUAGUGCUGACGCGAGGGACCUGUGGCGUGCCCUGCAGCGGGACGGUUCGGGCGAGGCACCGGCACAGGCUUGGGAUGGGUGGUGCGAGAAACCGGGAUACCCGCUGCUCUGUGCCACUGUCCAGGGUACAGAUGUGCUUUUGAAGCAGGAACGCUUCGUAAUGUCAGCUGAACCGCCGGAUCCUGAACCUCCGAUGCUUAACUAUCUUUUAACGAUGGACUUGAGAGCUGAUCUGGACGAGAUCUUUUACGACCCUGAAAACUUUACAGAAGCAAUAGAUGAAGAUUUAAACUCGACUAGUACAACACCUCUCCCCACAACAACAACUCGCCGACCCACUGCCAAAACAACAAAACCCCCACCAGCGCCGAAAUGGGUGAUACCGGUCACCUUCUCCGUCGGGCCAUUGGAGAAGGAGUAUGAGGAAGAAAUGGAGAAUGUCACUACAAGGAAUAAUGUUGUUUUGAAUAAUGCGACAAGCUUAAAUGGAACUUGGUGA